UCUUCUUCUUCUUGGCUAUUAUAUGCAGUAGACAAAUUUUAACCAAUGUCGUUGCCGAAACAAGCCAGUGUCAUCACCUGCAAAGCUGCGGUGGCAUGGGGACCUGGGCAGCCUUUGGUGAUAGAGCAAGUCGAUGUAAGUCCACCUCAGCCAUCGGAGAUAAGGAUCAAAAUCGUGCAUAUUCACCGAUUAAGCACCGAAACAGCCAUAUACUACUCUGCACUUUUGCAGGCUAUUUUUCCUAGGAUAUUCGGCCGUGAAGCAACAGGGAUUGUUGAGAGUGUUGGCCAGGGAGUGACUGAAUUUGCAGAAGGAGACCAUGUGCUAACAGUCUUCACUGGAGAAUGCGGAACAUGCAGGCAAUGUGUAUCGGGACUGGGUCUAGAAAGGAGAGGUGUAAUGCAUGGUGAUCAAGGGACACGCUUCGCCAUAAAUGGGAAACCCGUAUAUCAUUAUUGUGCAGUUUCGAGUUUCAGUGAAUAUACUGUCGUGCACUCUGGAUGUGCUGUCAAAAUAAACCCAAUUGUGCCUCUGGACAAAGUAUGCCUUCUCAGUUGUGGACUAGCUGCAGGCUUGGGUGCAGCUUGGAAUGUUGCUGAUAUAUCUAAAGGAUCAAGUGUGGUGAUAUUUGGUCUUGGAACCGUAGGCCUUUCUGUUGCACAGGGUGCUAAGAUCAGGGGCGCAUCAGCCAUAAUUGGUGUUGACACUAAUUCUGAAAAAGGGGAAAUCGCAAAAGCUUUUGGAGUUACCAAAUUUAUUAACCCAAAUGACUGUAAAGAACCUGUUCAACAGGUUGUCAAGCAUCUCACAGGUGGAGGAGCAGACUACGCAUUUGAAUGUAUAGGUGACACAAGAAUGGUAACUACUGCAAUGCAGGCCUGUUGCGAUGUAAUAUUCUUUAUCCCAAUUUUUGAACUUCUUUCCUAAGCAUAUCUCAGCUUU